UAACUUGUAUGGUAUAGUAUUUUAGUACGUCUUAAAUACGCAUGCGUAGUACAAAUUGUGACAAAAUGGCGAGCCUACUGAAAGUAACUGGAUGUGUAGCGCAAAAAACGCUGCUACAGAGCUUAGCUAAACCAGCUGCUGUUGGAAGUAAGAAUUUCCACUUCAGGGUUUUUGGACAGAAUCACACAAACAAAUCAGCAAAGACAGGCGAACAGCUGUCACGAGACUACCCUGUUAUUGAUCAUACGUAUGAUGCGGUAGUUGUUGGAGCAGGUGGCGCAGGCCUUAGAGCUGCUUUCGGUCUUGCCAACGAGGGCUUUAAGACAGCAUGUAUCACAAAACUUUUCCCCACACGUUCCCACACUGUGGCAGCACAGGGUGGUAUAAAUGCAGCACUUGGCAACAUGGAGGAGGAUGAUUGGAGGUACCAUUUCUAUGAUACAGUGAAAGGUUCUGAUUGGCUCGGAGAUCAAGAUGCUAUACAUUACAUGUGUGAAGAGGCCCCAAAAGCUGUCAUUGAGCUUGAGAACUAUGGUAUGCCAUUUAGCCGUCUGGAGAAUGGAAAGAUUUACCAGAGAGCCUUUGGUGGUCAGAGUUUGAAGUAUGGUAAGGGAGGACAGGCACACAGAUGUGCUGCUGUUGCCGACAGAACUGGACACUCACUGCUUCAUACACUUUAUGGAAGGUCCUUGAAAUAUGACACACAUUACUUCAUAGAAUAUCUUGCCCUUGAUCUGAUCAUGGAAGAUGGGGAAUGUAGAGGAGUUACUGCUCUUAGUCUUGAAGAUGGCACAAUUCACAGAUUUAAGUCAAAGAAUACAAUUUUAGCUACAGGUGGUUAUGGUAGAGCAUAUUUCUCGUGCACAUCAGCUCACACAUGUACGGGUGAUGGUACAGCUAUGACAGCACGUGCAGGACUUCCCAAUGAGGACAUGGAGUUUGUACAGUUUCACCCGACAGGUAUAUAUGGAGCGGGUUGUUUGAUCACAGAAGGCUGCCGUGGUGAAGGAGGUAUCUUACUUAACUCUAAAGGUGAGAGAUAUAUGGAGCGUUAUGCACCCACUGCUAAGGAUCUCGCAUCAAGAGACGUUGUCUCAAGAUCGUCCACCAUUGAAAUCAGGGAAGGAAGGGGAUGUGGACCAGAGAAGGACCAUGUUUAUCUCCAACUGUCACAUUUACCAGCUGAGGUUUUGAAGACACGGUUGCCAGGUAUCUCAGAGACGGCCAUGAUUUUCGCUGGAGUUGAUGUCACACGUGAUCCUGUACCUGUGCUUCCAACUGUACAUUACAAUAUGGGUGGAGUUCCAACAAACUAUAAGGGACAGGCAAUUACAUUUGAUGGGAAAAGUGAUAGAGUGAUCCCAGGUCUUUAUGCAGCAGGAGAAGCUGCCUGUGCAUCUGUACAUGGAGCUAACCGAUUGGGUGCUAAUUCACUUCUAGAUUUAGUGGUGUUUGGCCGAGCAUGUGCAAAUACAAUUAUUGAAGAGAACAAGCCAGGAGAGAGAAUUGGAGAUAUAUCACCGAAUGCUGGAGAGGCUUCAGUGGCAAAUAUUGACCGAGUGAGAUUUGCUAACGGUAGUGUUCCCACAGCUGAACUUCGGCUCAAGAUGCAGAAAACUAUGCAGAACCACGCUGCUGUGUUCCGUGAUGGUCCCACCUUGAACGAAGGUGUUCAAAAAAUGCGAGACCUUAAUAAAGAACUGAAUGAUCUUAAGUUAUUUGAUCGUGGAAUGAUUUGGAAUACAGAUCUUGUAGAAAGUUUAGAAUUACAAAAUCUUAUGGUAAAUGCGCUACAAACUAUCGAGUCAGCUGCUGCACGUAAAGAAAGUCGAGGUGCUCAUGCCAGAGAAGAUUUUCAUAAUCGUAUUGAUGAAUAUGACUAUAGUAAACCUUUAGAGGGACAGACAGCUUUACCUUUAGAAAAACAUUGGAGGAAACAUACUCUUUCAUAUACUGAUGCUUCUGGAAAGACUACCCUUGAAUACCGACCUGUGAUUGAUGAAACCCUUGAUCAGAAAGACUGCCCUAUGGUACCACCAGCGAUUCGGUCCUAUUGAACAACUUACAUAUUGAAGACUUUAAGAUUAUGUGUUUUAUUGUGCUUGUGUUAUAUGAACAAAACAACACAUCUGAAGAUUUUAAUACACACUAUUUAAGGAACUUAUUAUCACUGUGAAGUGAACAUAGAGUGAAGACUUGUGAAAAAAGAGGCUUCAAACUGAAAUUAAAAAAGAGCAGUGUUACAAUAUUUUCAUUUUCAUCAUCACAAGCCUAGGAUAAAAUGUGUCCAAACAUGAAGCAAGAAACUGGCUUGUUUGUUUUUCUUUUCUAUGUCACGCUAUUACCUCAAAGUGUCAAAAUAUUCCUGUUGUUCAGACUUUAACAGUUUCAUGUACUUUUUUUAAUGAUUUUGUGUUAAAGUGUGUAAUCUAGAUAUAAAAGCUCUAACUCUAGUAUUAAUGCUGGUAACUUUAAGAGAAAAAAUGAUGAGUACUGCAGUCCAGUUUUUGACUUUCAAGGUGAUAUAAUGAUGUUUAGAUAAUUUGUUGUUAUGUGUUUAAUCCAGUAAAUAAUGUAGAAAUAUUGUACAUAAGUGUUAUAGAUGAAGUGCAAAUAUUUCGUUAGUGCUAGUGUGUCACAGUGUAUUUCUGUGCCCGGGUAGCAGUUAUACAGAGAAAUAAAAUUAGUAGUUUAACUACUAAACAGUUCUUACUGAUCCUUUCCUGUUAACAAUUAACUGUCCUUUUUCAAUUUUUUCCUCUUACUGUAGCAGUAAAGUGGUGAUUGAACAGUUUAUUGGGACAACUUUUAAUGAAUACCAAUAAGAUUGGAUUACAUACAGAAACAAAGCUGUAGCAAAUAGCAGUCCAAAAGAGUUCUGUCAGUUCUAUGUAUCUCACAGGCUAAUGUAGACUUUGCUUGAAAGAAAUUAUUAUUUUUGUCUGUGCUAUGUCUUAUGUCUAAAAAUGUACUUUAAAUAAUAUGACCAUAUAUUUUAGGUACAUAAAGUACUCUGACCGGUGUAAAAUGGAUAAUAUUU